AUCGCAGAGAAACAGGUUGAUCAUGAUUUUUGGGGUCGCCCAGAGGAAAUGACAAUGAACAGGACUGCAUUCAAAGUCACCACGGACGCCCCUGGAAGUGACGUCGCUGGCGCGGUAUCAGCUGCAUUGUCUGCCGCGUCGAUCAUGUUCGCAGAUUUAGAUCCAGUUUAUGCCAAUCAACUGCUGAAUCAUUCCAAACAAUUAUUACACUUUGCUGACAAAUACCGUGGAUUGUACGCAGAAUCUUUCCCUGACAUUAGUCAAGCCAUCUAUAUUUCAGGGACCCAAUACGAGGACGAGAUAGCAUGGGCGGCUAUUUGGUUGUAUAAGGCAACUUACGAGGAAGAAUAUCUCAAUAAAACGGAGAGUAUGCUACCCACCAUGAGAAAAGGACGUUCAUGGGCGUUUGGAUGGUCGCAGGUGGACGCAGGUGUACAU